CAGAAACUGUGAGAAGCUGCAAACACCAUCACUGUAAUCAUCACACCUACAAGAAGCUGUUUUCUGGUUUGCAUGACGGGAUGCAAAUCAUUUUUUUUAAGGUUUUAGGUCAAGUGUGAAAACUUCCCUUUUUUGUAAAGUCUCUUUCUUGGAGUGAGGCUGUGUGUGACAGACUGAAACAAGUGGGUCCUCUGAGAAAUCCAGCUGUAGUCCCACAUGAGAUGGAGGCUCAGACAGUCACGUGGUUUGUUUUUCUGGCCCUAAUAAAACAUGUUUCUACAAGUGACCCUACAAGUCCAUUUGAACUAGAAUCUGGUGUGCUGCCAGCUACUGAGGGAUCCUGCAUUGAAAUCAAAAGCCAAGUCACAAGAGAUGUUGAUGUUGAUGAUGCAUACUGGUUUUGGAUGAAAGAUAGACUAUGGGUCGAAAAGGAUAACGACUAUACAUCCACUGUCAUUUACAGCACAAACAACUCCACACGUCCAGUCAGUCCUGACUUUGCAAACAGAGUGAAAUACAUCGGUUCUUCAUCUUCAAGUUGGAAGAAUGCUAACUCUGCCUGGCCGAAGCCACUGUGCAGUAUUUUGAUCUGUGACCUGAGAAGAAAUGACAGCGGAAAGUAUUCUUUGAGAUUCGUAGGGCAGGGAAAGGACCGUUGGAAAUCUGAAGAAGUGACCCUCAACGUUACCGAAAACCGAUGCCCGCUCACUUUUAAGGGACCAGCUGUCGUGGUGGAGUCCAACGAGGUCACACUCACAUGCAACACUUCAAGUUCAUGUCCUUCAAGACCUCACAUUCAAGAUGUGACUCAGAUCGACCAGACACAGGUCACAGGCUCUCAUCAGGAUAAGGAGAGAACCACCUUCAGCUUCAGAGCCCGCAGGCAGGAUGAUGGGAGGGUGUUUUCAUGCCAAACACAGGACAACAAGGACAAAUAUUUGAUCCAGAAUAUUACAGUCACUGUUAAAUACAGUCCCAAACAUGUGACAGUUCAAGCCAAUCCUGGUCUUGAUGUGAAGGAAAAUGUGUUGUUGACACUGAGCUGUUCUGCUGAGUCCAACCCACCAGUGAGCUCUGUCACCUGGAGGAAGACGACUGAUGGGAGAGAGGAAAUCAUCCAACAGACUCAGACUCAGACCUUCAGGGUGAAUUCAGCCAGUCCCUCUGACAGUGGACUGUACAGCUGUGAAGCCACCAAUGAUAUUGGAAGAGGAAAGUCACAGCCAGCUGAGGUUAAAGUCAGAUUUUCUCCAAAACACACACACAUCACGGAGUCGGCAGAGAAGCAGGAGCUUGACGGGAGGAGCUCCGUGAUGCUGAGCUGCUUCAGUCACAGCUUUCCCCCAGUCCAACACUACUCAUGGUACAGGAAGAGUCAGGGAGAGGAACAGGAUGAACUUGUGUCCAAGCAUCAAAACCACACAGUGUACUCAAACCAGUCAGGAGUCUACUACUGCAUCGCACAAAAUGAAGUAGAUCAAAGUUUGUCUGAUCCCGUCCGUCUGUUUGAACGAAACUCUCUGUACAUCCUGAAGUUCCUCGUUCCUGCUCUAUUUGUCCUGAUGAUUAUCAUUUUAAUCGUCGUAGUUUUAAGACUCAGGAAGAAGAAAUCUAUUCAACAAGGAACAACAAACAGAAAAUCCCCUUCUGGUUUUUUGGGUUGGUCUAUUGGUACCAGGAGGAGGAGUCUAACGAAUGAGAAUGUCUCUGUGGAGCCUUUCAGGAGCAGAGACGACCUCUUGUCAGAGCAGUUGAGACGCCAGCCUCUUCCAGACAGCACGCCUCCAACCGACAUCAACCUUGUUUACAGCCUUAUGAAUCUGCCCCAGGCUGCCUCUGCACGAAACCACACAAGACAGAAAGCUGGAAACACCGAGGAGGAUUCUGUCAACUACGCUCCUCUGAACUUUAAGAAUAAGCUAAAGAAGAAGCAAAGAAAGGUGGAAGAAGACCCUGUGUAUGCGAAGGUGUCCAAGCCAACACCAGUUUAAAGAAUGAACCAGAGAGCCUGCAGGACUAUGAAAACAUUAGUAAUGCAACUGCACGUGCACCAACAUCUCCAAAUCUACUUGACGACCACACCAGUGAAGGUGAAGUGGAGCUGAACUUUCCACAGGUGAGAUUCACAGCGACGCCCCGACGUCAGACGACCAACAGAGACUCCAGCAGCUCACACCAAGAUGAGAGUCUUUACUCUAACGUCAGGAUUUGACCCGAGAUGUUCUCGUCCUGCUUUUUACAGCUACCUCGAGCCUGAGGAAGUUUAUAUUCACAAUAAGUCAUCACAGAGAGUCUGAAGAGUUCAUGUGUUAAACCGUGUUGCCAGUUGGAGUAUUUUAAAACUAGUUAGCAAGAAGGCACAGAAGUUACACUACUGAGCUAAAAUGGAUAAAUAAUAAAAACUGUUCAUUUAAGGUUUUGAGGAAAAUAGUGAACUCAGCUAAAUGUGAGGGAUAAAAGGUUAAAAUCAAGUUUUUGCAACUUAAAAUGUGAAUAAUGUGAGUGUAAAAUGAUUGUAUUAAUAACUUUUUAUAUAAUCUAUAUUUAUAUAAAUGACAUGCAGUUAGACAAGAAAUGCUGAGAAUCACAGCUGAAUGGUUUUGUUUGUGCUUUCCAGUGUUGUGAACUUAAUCCAAACCCACACACCUGAAAUGUAAAUAUCCUGUAGCUCAAAAUAAAAAAUAAAAUAUAUUGGAACAAA